UCGGCGGUGGACGGACGACCAUCAUGGUGCUCAGCGCGGUCUUCGUGACGGACCUCAAGGGCAAGAUCAUCAUCAGCCGCAACUACCGCGGAGACAUCCCGAUGGCCAUCGCGGAGAAGUUCACGCAGUACGUCACCGAGAAGGACGACGCCGAGCAGCGGCCGGUGUUCACGCACGACGAGUCGGGCGUCACGUUUGUGUACAUCAAGUUUAACAAUUUGUACCUCAUGACGGUCACCAAGGUCAACUCGAACGUCGCGCUCAUGCUCAUGUACCUCAACCGCAUCUGCCAAGUGUUCCAGGACUACUUUGGCGAGCUCGAAGAGGAGAGCAUUCGCGACAACUUUGUCAUUAUCUUUGAGCUUCUCGACGAGACGAUCGACCAUGGGUACCCACAGACCACCGAGGCGCGCAUUCUCCGGGAGUACAUCACGCAGGAAGGCCACCGCAUGGAGGCCGCGCCGCGCCCGCCGACCGCGCUCACGAACGCCGUCUCGUGGCGCUCGGAGGGCAUCAAGCACCGCAAGAACGAGAUCUUCCUCGACGUGGUCGAGAAGCUCAACCUCCUCGUCGCUUCGAACGGCACGGUGCUGCACUCGGAGAUCCUGGGCGCGGUCAAAAUGAAGUCGUUCCUGAGUGGCAUGCCCGAGCUCAAGCUCGGGCUCAACGACAAGAUGCUCUUUGAAGCCACGGGGCGCUCGACGACAUCUUCGAAAGGCAAGGCCGUCGAGAUGGAGGACAUCAAGUUCCACCAAUGCGUCCGCCUGGCGCGCUUCGAGACCGACCGCACGAUCUCGUUCAUUCCGCCGGACGGCGAGUUUGACUUGAUGACGUACCGCCUCAACACGCACGUCAAGCCGCUCAUUUGGGUCGAGGCCGUCGUCGAGCCCCACUCGCGCAGCCGCAUCGAGUACAUGAUCAAGACGAAGAGCCAAUUCAAGAGCCGGAGUAUCGCCAACAACGUCGAGAUUGUGAUCCCGGUCCCGCCGGAUGUCGACAGUCCGUCCUUCAAGUGCUCGAUUGGCAGCGUCACGUACGUGCCCGACCGCGACGCGAUCGUCUGGACCAUCAAGCAGUUUAACGGGUCGCGCGAGUAUGCGAUGCGCGCGCACUUUGGCCUCCCGUCGAUCACCAACUCCAACACGGCGACGAGCGACGAGUGGAAGGCGCCGAUCCAAGUCAAGUUUGAGAUCCCGUACUUUACCGUCUCGGGCAUCCAGGUCCGGUACCUCAAGAUCAUUGAAAAGUCGGGCUACCAGGCGCUGCCGUGGGUGCGCUACAUUACGCAGAACGGCGACUACCAGCUGCGCAUGUCCUAGUUCGUUCACUAAAACAAGACUGACUGCAUACGAAACCA